AUGCAGCCUCUCGUUUACUUUUCCUCUGCUGGUUCAUGUUUUUCACGGCGUACUUCAGUCGGCCAGUCAGAUAACCCGGAUGACCAGGAACUCCUCCCUGGCUUUGUUCAGCCAGCCCAACUGGCCUCUGCCGACAUUGUGCUUACGGCUUAUUCAGUGGUGCAGCGCGAACUUGAUUGGGCGGAGGUGACUUCGGAGCAGCGGGCAGGCAUCUCAAGGCGCCCUCAGUUGCGUGUUGCGCAGCGCUACUUAUUUCGGCCUAGUCCAUUGACUUGCGUUAAAUGGUGGCGGGUGAGUAUUACUCCAUUUAAUUUAUCUGUAAAUGUACGAGUACUGCUACAUUUUAUAUUAUAUGGCCAAAUUUUUGUCAUUCCAUUUCAAGGCUAG